CAAGAAAGGCUUCUCAUAUCCCAAGAUGUAGUUGAAAAAAUGGUGGUAGCAUCAUCUCUUGUCUCUCCUCUUUGCACAUGGUUAGUGGCAACAUGCUUGAGUUCAUCAAGUGAAAACAAGAAUUUAGAUAAAAAUUCAAGUUAUUUUCAAUGCCAAAAGAAGGUGAGAAGGAGGAAUUUGGUGGCUCUUAGUAGCAAAAAUGGUGGAUUCAGCACUUUGAUGGAGUUUUGUCGUAUCGAACCUUGCGAAGAGUUUUGCAAUUCUCGCGCGUUGUUUUGUGUAGGUGCAUUUGCGGAUCUUGGAUCCAAGAACCGGAGGCCAAAGCGAUUGAGUCGAGCUCAUGUCUCAGAUGAGGAGAAAGUUGUAGCGUCUACAGAGACGAAGAAACCAAAAUCGAAGAAAAGGCGCGUCGUUGUAACGGGAUUGGGUGUCGUAUCACCACUUGGACACAAUGUGGAUGAAUUUUAUGGCAAUCUUCUUCAAGGCAUCAGUGGAGUUAGCCAGAUUGAGUCAUUUGACACUACUCAGUUUCCCACAAGAAUUGCAGGAGAAAUCAAGAAUUUCUCAGCAGAUGGUUUCAUCUCAAAGAAGAUAGCAAAGAGAGCAGACAAAUACAUGCUUUACCUUCUUGUUGCUGGUAAAAAGGCUUUGACAGAUGGUAAAAUCACAGAUGAUGUCAUGAAGGAGUUAGACAAGGGUAAAUGUGGCAUUUUGAUCGGUUCCGCCCUCGGGGGCAUGAAGGUCUUUGGCGAUAGUGUUGAAGCAUUGAACGUGUCGCAUAAGAAGAUGAACCCUUUCUGUGUGCCUUUUGCUACGACGAACAUGGGCUCAGCCGUUCUAGCAAUGGAGUUGGGGUGGAUGGGUCCGACCUACGCAGUUUCUGCAGCAUGCGCGACGAGCAACAUAUGCAUACUAAACGCAGCAAAACAUAUCAUGCGAGGGGAAACCGAUGUUAUGCUAUGUGGUGGCUCUGAUUCUGCAGUAAUUCCAAUAGGAAUUGGAGGAUUUUCUGCUUGUGGAAUACUUUCAAUGGGGAAUGAUGAGCCAACCAAAGCUUCUCGUCCAUGGGAUAUGCAAAGCGAUGGAUUGGUCAUCGGAGAGGGGGCAGGCGUGCUACUACUCGAAGAAUUGGAGCACGCAAAGCAAAGAGGCGCGCCUAUAUACGCCGAGUUUCUAGGGGGAAGCUUUGCAUUCGAUCCAUACUAUACAACGGACCCACACGCUCAUGGUAGAAGUAAAAGUUGUGUUCGUUGUAUAGAGACGGCGUUGGCUGAAUCACGAGUCGAUAGAGAAGAUAUCAACUACAUAAAUGCUCAUGCUGCAUCAGUACCAGCAUUCGACUUAGCUGAAUACCAAUCUAUUAAACAUUUGUUUGCACAAAAUUCUGAGCUAAGAAUGAACUCAACAAAAUCUAUGAUCGGUCACCUAUUAGGGGCUGCUGGGGCUGUCGAAGCUAUAGCAACUAUCAAGGCUAUAGAGACACGAUGGAUCCAUCCAAAUAUCAACCUUGAACAUCCAAACCAAGGCCUGGAUUCAAGCGUUCUCGUUGGCCACAAGAAGGAACGCCUCGACGUUAAAGUAGCACUCUCUAACUCAUUCGGAUUUGGAGGGCAUAGCUCGUCGAUUUUAUUUGCCCCUUAUUACAGAGACUGA